UGGUGUGGUGUGUAAAAAGUGUAAAAGUGUGAUAACGUCGAGGUCCAAGAAAAAGAAAUAAUUUGUGUGGAUAUAGUCUUUUUAAGACUUUUAAUUGUUUACCGAGACAUUUCGCAACUCUCCAAGUAAUAAAUAUUCCCUAAAGACCAUACGAGUCAUCAAGAAUAAAACAAAAAAAUAAAGAGAAACCGCUGAGCUGAGAAGGAAACGCGACCAAACAAAUAUUCACUCACACGCACGCACACACACACACACGUACAGAAGACAGAAGAAAAACAUUGCAAAAAGAAAAUAGAUAAGAAAAGAACGCAACCGAACCGAAGCAAAAAAUCCCUCCAAUCCUCUUCUCAGGCAGAGCGCGCGCGACCUUCGUAUGUUCUCGUGGAUGAAGCCAACCUCCUCCGCCGCCGACGUUAUUUAACACUCAAAGAAUUAUUACAACAGCAGCAGCCGUUAACUGUGUCACUGUGUUUUUUUUCGAGUGUGUUCGUUGAGGAGUAGAAACAGUGUGUGCGUGUGUGAGUUGGGUGUUCGGUGGUGGUGGUGUUGGCGUUUGUUCGUAACAUCUUCGUUGGCUCAUCUUCAUCGCCGACCAUUUGUCGCAACAUCGGAAUCGUUCCUACAAUUCUAUUUUACUAAGUUCGCAACUACCUAGGAACACAAAUACACACCCAUAUACAUUAAUAUUUACCUUGCAUCCGCAUCCGUUUCUCUUUUAUCGCGUUUCCGUUUAAACAACCUCAACAUUUGUAUAAUCAACACACACAACAAGCGCGCAAAACGCAACGCAACGUAACACAAAGAAAGUAAACAAACGAACGAAAAACGACAAAAGUAAGCAACACCAACCAACUCAAAGGCAAAAAUAAAAAACAAAAACGCCAAAAAUAUAUACAAUAAUACUAACAACAACAACAACAAAACAAAAGAAAACACGAACAAAAACAACCAAAGAAAGAGAGUAGCAAAACAAAAAAGUGUAAAAAUCGAAAUACCUACCUAAAGAAUAUAAAAGUACACAGCAAACAAUAACAACAAAAACAAUACAAAAGCAGCUUCCACAUACGACGAUGUUUACGGGUAAACUACAAAUAAAAGUCUGUGAGGCGAGCGGUUUACGCCCAACAGAUUUUCAAAAACGACACAAUUUAACGUUCGGUAAACUAGCCGAUGAACAAUUAAUAGAUCCCUACGUCUCGAUCGAUGUUGAUGAAUCUCAUUUUGAUCGCUCAACAACACGUCCAAAAACAUUUGAUCCCGUUUGGAAUGAACAAUUUGUGCACGAUGUAACGAAUGCGAAAAAUAUAAAUUUAACGGUAUUUCACGAUGCGGCACUCCCACCGGAUGAUUUUGUGGCAAAUUGCAUAAUACCCUUCGAGGAUAUUAUGCAACACGAAAGCAGUGUGCCGGAUUUAUGGGUAAAUUUAGAACCUCAAGGAAGGAUACAUGUUAUCAUAGAACUUAAAAAUAAGAAUGAUCAAACCAAAGAUGUGGCAGUCGUUGAACAUGCUGUUUGUGGCGCUGGCGCCAACAAAGAAUUCAAAGAAAGAGCGGGCUUUAAUCGUCGUCGAGGUGCUAUGCGCCGUCGUGUACAUCAGGUUAACGGUCACAAGUUUAUGGCAACAUUUUUGCGACAGCCAACUUUUUGUUCACAUUGCCGAGAAUUUAUUUGGGGAAUUGGUAAACAAGGAUAUCAGUGCCAAGUCUGCACUUGUGUUGUACAUAAAAGAUGUCAUCGUUCAGUGGUCACAAAAUGUCCUAACAUGCGGGAAGAGCAAAACAAUUUGGAAGCUGUGCCAGCUGGACAACGUUUUAAUGUCAAUGUACCGCAUCGUUUUGUGGUGCACAAUUACAAACGCUUUACCUUUUGUGAUCACUGUGGUUCGCUGUUAUAUGGCCUGAUCAAGCAAGGUCUUCAGUGCGAGGUAUGCAGCAUGAAUGUACACAAACGUUGCCAAAAGAAUGUUGCAAAUACCUGUGGCAUUAAUACAAAACAAAUGGCCGAAAUUCUGAGCUCAUUAGGUAUAUCACCCGACAAACAGGCACCGCCCAGACGAUCUAAGUAUUUAAGUCAACCUGGCGGUGAGGACAAUUUCGGUGCCAGUAUUCAUGGUGACAGUGACUGCAUCUCAACUACAACCCGUAGUUCGCAAAUGUCACACCAGACAACAUCAUCCAGUAGUUCGGGUGCUACCACCAUUAGCGUUGGUAGUGCUGGUGACAUGGGCAUGUCUAGCUCGAAUCGUUGUUAUGACUCACGUCCAGGCAAAACCUGCUUGCAAGAUUUCAAUUUCAUCAAAGUACUUGGCAAAGGCUCCUUCGGCAAGGUUAUGUUGGCCGAAAAGAAGGGCACCGAUGAAAUCUAUGCCAUUAAAGUAUUGAAAAAGGAUGCCAUUAUCCAAGAUGACGACGUCGACUGCACAAUGACGGAGAAACGUAUUUUAGCACUGGCUGCUAAUCAUCCAUUUUUAACAGCUCUACAUUCCUGUUUUCAAACUCCGGAUCGUCUAUUUUUUGUUAUGGAGUAUGUUAACGGUGGAGAUUUAAUGUUUCAAAUUCAAAAGGCACGACGUUUCGAGGCAGCCAGAGCUGCUUUUUAUGCUGCCGAGGUUACAUUGGCCUUACAAUUUCUACAUUCUCAUGGUGUUAUCUAUCGCGAUUUAAAAUUAGAUAAUAUUUUAUUAGAUCAAGAAGGUCAUUGCAAAUUGGCAGAUUUCGGCAUGUGUAAGGAGGGAAUUAUGAAUGGUGUUUUAACUACCACUUUUUGCGGAACACCUGAUUAUAUAGCACCAGAAAUACUCAAAGAACAAGAAUAUGGAGCCUCGGUUGAUUGGUGGGCCCUUGGGGUUCUUAUGUAUGAAAUGAUGGCUGGCCAACCACCAUUCGAAGCUGAUAACGAAGAUGAAUUAUUCGAUUCGAUAAUGCACGACGAUGUACUAUAUCCCGUUUGGUUAUCUAGAGAAGCUGUGUCCAUUUUAAAAGGUUUUCUAACGAAAAAUCCAGAACAACGUUUAGGUUGUUCGGGGGAUGAGAAUGAGAUACGUCGUCAUCCAUUCUUCGGUAGAUUGGAUUGGGAUGAAUUGGAAAAACGCAACAUAAAGCCACCUUUCCGGCCGAAAAUGAAAAAUCCACGAGAUGCCAAUAAUUUUGAUACAGAAUUUACCAAAGAGGAACCAGUCCUAACGCUCAUACCAAACGACGUUAUACGCUGCAUAAAUCAAGAUGAGUUUGCUGGCUUUUCAUAUGUAAAUCCUAAAUUUGGACCAGAGCGUAAAGUAUAUUAGAAGAAAACAAAAUUUAGGUCACUUCACCACCCAAAAAGAGUAACCCUGAGUGGAAGGUUACAAAAACAAAAGAAACAAGAAAAAAAACUGGAUGUCUACUAAAGCGCGCAACAAGUAGAUUUCAUCCAUACUUUCGGAUCCAAAAGCAUAGAAAAAGAAGAAGAAAACCCAAACUUCAAAUGAUUUUAAACUGUUGGCAGAAAGUAUAGUUUUGAUGUCUUUCUUUUUCUUUUUUCACUUGGAACUGAACACAAAAUUUUCCUGUUCAGUUUAUCACUCUUCCGGAGUUUUAGAUUUGAUUUUGUUUUGUUCUUUUUAUUGUUUUUUUUUUUCAAAAAUCUGUGGUAACUUGUGCCACAGUACUACUAACUAGAACAAAUUAAAAAAAAAAUACAUCUGUUAUAUGUAUGUAGUAUAUAUAUGUUUUUUCCGAAUUGUGUUGAAAAACAAGUAACAACUAUUUUACAAAUUGAGAUAUUUUAACCAUUUUUAUAACCCAGAAGAAUUAUUAUUUGCCACGCAUCAAAGCAAAAGUGGUCGUUGUAUUUUGUUUUUAUUUUUUUACAAAAAUUUUCAUCGCUUUUUUUUCAUUUGAGUCUUAAGUGAAACGGAAAUUAUUAUUUUUAUUUUCUUUUUUAACUAUUCUAAGUAUAGAAUGUUAGGGAUUUAAUUAGAGUCUAUAAACAAACAAACAAAAAUGAGUAAACAAACAAACAAACAAAACAAAAACUUAAUUAAGAUAAAAGAAAAUGCCUACGAUAAACUAGAAAGAAAAACAAAAAAAAGUAACAACAAAGUAAAACAACCUUGAAAUAUGUUCCAAAGAAAGUUUAAAUAACACAACUGCAACAGCAACAACAACAAGCAACAAAUGAAUAGAAAUCAACUUUAUAGAGAAAAACAACCAGAAGAAACAAAAUGAAAUUACUACAUUGAAAUGAAUUAAGUUUUUAGAAGAAAUGAAUGAACAUUAUUAUUACAUAUAUAUAUUUAGAUAACAAGCAAACAAACAAAACAAACAAAACAAAACCAACAAGUAACCAAUCAUCAAAACCUAAACGAUUAACAAACAAACAAA